AUGCUACAAAAAAGAAAAACAGAAAUCCAUGCUAUAGGUCAACAUAUAUCUAUGUCUGCUGAUAAAGCGCGAAGAGUAAUUGAUCAAAUUCGUGGGCGUUCCUACGAGGAAACACUAAUUAUAUUAGAACUUAUGCCUUAUCGAGCAUGUUAUCCCAUUUUAAAAUUGGUUUAUUCUGCAGCAGCAAAUGCUAGUUACAAUUUUGAUUCCAAGGAAACCAAUUUAAUAAUUAAUAAAGCCGAAGUCUAUGAAAGUACUACAGUGAAAAAAUUAAAACCUCGCGCUAGAGGACGCAGUUAUCCUAUAAAGAGACCUACAUGUCAUAUAGUAAUUGUAGUAAAGGAUCUAUCUUUAAGUGAAUAG